AUGGCAGCUUUGUGGAAAUUGCCUUGUAUUUUCAUCUGUGAGAAUAACCGCUAUGGGAUGGGAACAUCUGUGGAGAGAGCAGCAGCCAGCACUGAUUACUACAAGAGAGGCGACUUUAUUCCUGGGCUGAGGGUAGAUGGAAUGGAUAUCCUGUGUGUCCGGGAGGCCACAAAAUUUGCAGCUGCCUAUUGUAGAUCUGGAAAGGGGCCUAUACUGAUGGAGCUGCAGACUUACCGUUACCAUGGACACAGCAUGAGUGACCCUGGAGUGAGUUACCGGACCCGAGAAGAGAUUCAGGAAGUUAGAAGUAAGAGUGACCCUAUCAUGCUCCUCAAGGACAGGAUGGUGAACAGCAAUCUCGCCAGUGUUGAAGAAUUAAAGGAAAUCGAUGUGGAAGUGAGAAAAGACAUUGAGGAUGCUGCUCAGUUCGCUACUGCUGGUCCGGAACCGCCUUUGGAAGAGCUCGGCUAUCACAUCUACUGCAACGAUCCACCUUUUGAAGUCCGGGGCGCAAGCCAGUGGAUCAAGUUUAAGUCCAUCAGUUAA